UUUAAUGAAUCGGGUUUUUCGUUAAUGAAAACAUAACUUAUAAAAAGAUUGUUGAAUUUGUCUCUCUAAUAGAAUAACCGAACUGUCAUUUUGCUAUUGUAAUUUUGUUCUGCUCUUCAUCCAUUAAAACAUGGAAAUUAAAUUUGAAGGAAAGCGUGCACUCGUGACAGGUGCAGGCAAAGGAAUUGGCAGAGCAAUAGCUCUAAAAUUAGCAGCAUGUGGCGCCCAAACAGUUGCAGUGAGCAGAAGCCAAGCAGAUCUGGAUGCGCUUAAAAAUGAAUGUCCCUCCAUUGAAAUCUGUGCUGUAGAUCUCAGUGACUGGCCACAAGCCAAGGCUGCUGUUGAAUCUUUAGGCCAUUUCGACUUGCUGGUCAACAGUGCAGGGGUUUCAAGGAUCGGGCCUUUUGUUGAUGUAAAAGAAGAAGAUUUUGAUUUCAUUUUCAACACAAACGUCAAAGCUCUGUUCAAUGUAUCACAGGUGGUAGCUAAGUCAAUGCUGGACAGAAAGUCUGGUGGAUCCAUCGUGCACCUGUCCAGUGCAGCAUCAACACAAGCUGUGCGAGACCACGCUGUCUACUGCUCUUCUAAAGGUGCAGUGGACUCUCUCACUACAGUUAUGGCUCUUGAGCUUGGACCUCACAAGAUCCGGACAAACUGCGUCAAUCCAACAGCAACUAUGACGGACAUGGGGAAAUACGCUUGGAGUGACCCGGCGAAAUCUCAGCCCCUUUUAAAUAGAAUUCCACUUGGUCGACUUGCAGAGGUGGAGGAUGUGGUGGACGCUGUGUUGUGGCUGCUGAGUGAUAAAGCCAGCUACAUCAACGGUGUGACUCUACCUGUGGAGGGUGGCCUUCUGGUGGCCUAGAACAUUUAGUUAUAAUGGCCCGUGGCCUAUAAUUUUGUUAGGUUAUGGCCUCCAAUUUUGUUGGCCCAUGGCCUCCAAUGUUGUUGGCCUGUGGCCUACAAUUUUGUUGGCCCGUGGCCUCCAGUUUUGUUGGCCCAUGGCCUCCAAUGUUGUUGGCCUGUGGCCUACAAUUUUGUUGGCCCGUGGCCUCCAAUUUUGUUGGCCCAUGGCCUCCAAUGUUGUUGGCCUGUGGCCUACAAUUUUGUUGGCCCGUGGCCUCCAAUUUUGUUGGCCCAUGGCCUCCAAUGUUGUUGGUCUGUGGCCUCCAAUUUUGUUGGCCUCUGGCCUCCAAUUUUGUUAGCCCGUGGCCUACAAUUUUGUUGGCAUUCAGUUCAGGGGACAAAAAGUUUUUCCAAGAAUAUUUGUUUGUGCAAAAUUUGUCAAAAUCUAAUGCGCGUGGACUUCAGUUUCUAGUCAUCUUCCAUGUAAUGUGUUUCUACUGCUCUAGUAUACAUUGUUGUUUUACAAAAAUAUGUGAGGUUUUUUUUCAUGGGCCAUUAGUAUUAGCGUGUCUACGAAUUAUACAAUUGUUGAAUCUAUGUAAUAAAAUGUAACUGCA